GAGGCGCACUGCAUUCUGGGUCUUGAAGUUCGCCGUCCUCUUUCACCUUUCACUCCUGAGACUGACAGAGAACGACAUUUCCCAUGGUGCCGUGUUACUACCGAGGAAAUGCACGCCCAUUAACGUGUUAAUGACAUGACUGAUAGCACGUAGGCAAGAUAGUUACGAUAAUGUUUUCAUAAGUAACUUCCAGCGGCCGCCACGCACCGAGAGAGGAGCGGGGCUUUCUUUCACAAAUGGCGACCAUCGUCUUUUACUCUGUAAACAAAACGGCUCGUAUCGCCACCAGGCGAUGUUUGACUUUACAUUCAAAGUGGCUUGCAGGUGAUUCGCCGCUAUCCUCCAUUCACAGCCCGACACCGGCUUUUCUUCCGGGAGCGAGAUGGUUUUCCAAAGGCUGCAGCGUGCGGUUCAUGUCCCAUGGGACCGCAGGCAGAGCCUCGGCCGGGCGAAUCAGGAGGGGAGCCCUGGCGCUCAGUGGAGCCGCAGCAGUGACGGCUGCAGCGGCUGCAGCGGGACUUCUAGCCAACGCUAACCACUUCCAGAGCGCCGAAAUGGCAACAAAAGUACCCCAAGCCGCCGAGGAGACGGAGACGGAGGAAGAGGGGGAUAUCUUAGAGAGAUGCAGAGGGUUCAUGGCUUCUCCGGUGACCGACGUCCGUGUGCUGCAGGAGAGGAAAGACGAGAUGAGCACAAGGAUGGAGAUGUUGAUCAUGGAGACGCAGGCCGACUUCUGCAAAGCGCUGGAGAAGGUGGACGGUGGGAAAUUCAAGGUGGAUCAGUGGCAGAGGAAAGAAGGUGGCGGAGGAAUCAGCUGUGUGAUGCAGGAUGGAAAGGUGUUUGAGAAGGCAGGGGUCAAUGUAUCAGUGGUGUUUGGACACCUGACCGAGGAGGCUGCCAAACAGAUGAGGAGCAGAGGGAAAGUCCUCAAAGGGAAAGAUGGUAAGCUGCCAUUUUGUGCCAUGGGUGUGAGCUCUGUUAUCCACCCCAAGAACCCCCACAUCCCCACAGUGCACUUCAACUACAGAUACUUUGAGAUCGAAGAGGAAGAUGGCAGUAAGCAGUGGUGGUUCGGUGGAGGCACAGACCUGACUCCAGUUUAUAUUAAUAAAGAAGACGCGUUUCACUUCCACAACACCCUGAAGGAGGCUUGUGACAAGCACCACCCGCAGUACUACCCCGACUUUAAGAAAUGGUGUGACAGAUACUUCCACAUCAAACACAGAGGAGAGACUCGGGGUAUAGGCGGGAUCUUCUUUGAUGACCUGGACUCCCCAAACCAGGAGGGAGUAUUCCAAUUUGUCAAGAGCUGCGCCCGUACUGUGGUGCCCUGUUAUCUCCCCAUCGUAUACAAACACCUGAACGACAACUUUACUGAUGAGGAGAAGGACUGGCAGCAAGUACGAAGAGGAAGAUAUGUGGAGUUCAACCUGGUGUACGACAGGGGGGUGAAGUUUGGCUUGGCCACGCCUGGCUCCAGAAUUGAGAGCAUCCUCAUGUCCCUCCCUCUCACUGCCAGGUGGGAAUACAUGCAUGAGCCUGCCAAAGGGACCCAGGAGGCAGAGAUGCUGGAUGUGUUACGAAACCCAAAGGAGUGGGUGUGAUCGCGGUGUUCACAGGUUUAUGUGUCAGUAUGAACAAAACAUUCAGGAAACGGCCUUUGCUGUAUUUUCUAUUAGUACGAAGAUUUUCUAAAAAGUCGAAAAGUAACCACUGUCUUUUACCAAAAUAAUGUGAAGUCAUAUUGUACUUCUCUGAAUCUGCUUUAAAUCUGCUUUGGUAUUUUUUUCUCGUUCAUUGUUGCUAUGUUGUGUCAAAUCAGCUUAAUCAAACCGGGAUUGCAUGCUACUCAUGAAAAGAUUUGUUUUUUAAACUUUGACUGUGCUUUGUGCCAUUGCUUACUGCCUGGCAAACUAAACUGUCAGACAAAAUAAUGUACCUUCACAGGGGGCCAUUGUACCAGCUUUUAGGUCGUCUCACACGGAUCAUGUGCUCCUUUUUUAAGAAGCGUUUGUGUCAAACACUAGCUGUGUUUUUUUUUCCAUGCCUGGGCUAAAUGGGGAUUGCUCUACUUGAAGCUGUCAAAGCUCUCCUCUCCUCUUUUUUUAAACAAAGCACUGAAAGUAAAAAGAGGAACAAACUGAGCCACUGUAUGCGUGUGCUACCACUGUUAUCAAAUGUUAAUAAAUCUGUUUUUGAUGUUUCAGUGCAUCUGCUCACAA